AGUGUGAAGAAGAGGAGGCAAGAACAACCCCCGGACCGGCCAAAGCCCGCGCGCCGCUGCAUCCCCGCGUCCAGCGCCCACGUCCCGCCGCCGUCGCCACCAUGCCCAAGAGAAAGGCUGAAGGGGAUGCUAAAGGAGAUAAAGCCAAGAUGAAGGAUCAGCCACAGAGAAGAUCUGCAAGGUUAUCUGCUAAACCUGCUCCUCCAAAGCCACAGCCCAAACCUAAAAAGGCCCCUGCAAAGAAGGGAGAGAAGGUACCCAAAGGGAAAAAGGGGAAAGCUGAUGCUGGCAAGGAUGGGAAUAACCCAGCAGAAAAUGGAGAUGCCAAAACAGACCAGGCACAGAAAGCUGAAGGUGCCGUAGACGCCAAGUGAAGUGUGUGCAUUUUUGAUAACUGUGUACUUCUGGUGACUGUACAGUUUGAAAUACCAUUUUUUAUCAAGUUUUAUAAAAAUGCAGAAGUUUGUUUUACUUUUUUUUUAAGCUAUGUUGUUAGCACACAGAACACUUCAUUCUUGUUUUGGGGGAAGGGCAUAUGUCACUAUUAGAAUAUCUCCGAAGCUAGAUUGAUACAAGGGGAAAAACACCAUUCCCUUCUAGUUCUGAGAAACUUCCUCUUGGUUCCAGGAGGAGCGAUUCCUUG